CAUGAACUCUGUAUCAGAGUUUUUUUUUUUUCUGCUUCCUUUUUGCUUCCUCAAUGAGACGUGGUCUGGGGCAUUUCUCAAUCCUCUUGAAAGGAAGUCUUAUGGGCUGAGUGGAUGUUGAACCCUUCUGUGUAUAUUCAUGGUACCCUAACUGCUGAGCACACAGCCCUGAGCAGGCUGGAGAAGUCCUACUUCAAGUCUUGCUUGGCUUAAGAGACGCCUAAACCAAUGCAAUGGUUUCCAAGUGCCAAAUGCAAAGAAAUUGUCAAAGACUGUGAAGGACAAAGACAGGGAGAAUCAUCCCAGGUGAUCUUUGAAGGCCUCUCUGAGGAGGCUGUGUCUAUCCAGAGAGCAGAGUAAUGAAGAAGUGAUAGUCUGGUGAGAAUCAGGGACUAGAGCAUCGCAGGUACAAGGACUGCCGAUAGAGGGGCACGGGGAGAGGACAGAGAGGAGGUUGAGGAGAGGUGUGAGUCAGGCAGUGGUGUGGGAAGGCUGGAGGGAUGGGGGACUGAUCUCAGGAGGUGAUGAAGGCCCUGGCCUAUGGGUGAGUACAAUGGGGAGCCAGGGGAUGAUGGUUUCAUAGAGAAUGAUGAUAUAAUAUGUACCUUAAAGAGAACAUUCUAGCUGCAGAUGAUAGUCUGCAAGGGCCAGAGUGGAAGCUGGAAGAAGAAUGAGGAGGAGUGAGAAAAACAAGAACCCUAGAACCCUAGAUUGGGACAGUUCCAAGGCAGAGGGAGAUACAAAGAGCAUGUGCUGGACACAGAGACUACAGAGCUAUGAAUUAGGGUGAAAGCGAGAGAUGAAACAAAGACCUACUCUUGUUUAGAUGAAUAUUUUUUGUCAUAGAGGGUUAGGGUCAGGAAGAAUUUAAAGGAAGGUGGAGACAGGAGAGUUUGUGUUAGCCAUAUAUACAUUUACAUCAUACAUCCAAGAGACAUGCAAGUCAGACAGCUGAUGUUUGCAGAUGGAGGCCUGGGGUAGAGGGAUCUGGAAGUCACUGGAAGACAGUGGCCUGGCUGAAGCCAUCUGGUUAGAGGUCAGAAGACCCAAGGCCGAUGCUAGGGCUCCCAACAUCGCUCCUCAAGAAAAGCAGGUAGGAAGUACCAUGGGGUGACCUAGGGAGUGCGCUGUCGUGAACAGCAAGGGGAAAAGUGUUCCUCAAAGGUGGCAGUGGUCAGAUCUACCAAAUGUUCCAGAAGCAAAGAGUAGCUGAGUUGGGAGUCAGUGAGGAAAUGCCCUUAACAAACAGGUAUACAUGUUACCAGUGUGUGCUGGGAAGGAUGGCAAGGGACCCGAGACAUCACAUCGACUGAAACGUGGAGACAAGAGAAGAUGGUCUUAUACUGGAAUUAGUAUGUGUGGGUGCUGAUGGGAAGUUACCAGAAAGUACAGGGAGAAAUAAAGGCAGGCAUGGGCGAAGGGUUCUGUGGUUUAUCAAGGAGCCAGUCUUCCCACUGUUGGAGUGUUCUCAAGGAAUGCAAGGUCUCCUCCUCUGGCUGGGCAGCCCUCGGCCAUUGUAACCUGCAGAAGCGUUUUCAAGAGAAGGGCUGGUCUCCUUGCUUUGGGGCCGGUCUGUUUCUCCUCCUGCCCAUUGUGCUUUGUCGUAGAAGCGAAACAGACAGCAGAAGUUUUCAUUCUAAACCAUAGACUGCCGAGGCAAGUAAGCAAUCUUACGGAAAGAUGGAAAUGUUGAAGUGUUUGGAACGGACCUCCAUUCUUCAGUGUGGAACUGACCUCUGUCUCUCUGUUUCAGUUUCCCAUUCUAUCUCAUACUCUUGUCAGAGAGCACGCCAGACUCUGAAAUGAGUAUUACUUCUUCAGGUCAUCUUUGAGAUUCUGACUCUCUGCUUGUUUCCAUCCCUUUCAUGUCUACACUCACAGCACAUGUAUACCCAUUCAGUCAUGUGUACAUCCUCAUAGUAUAAUACAAAGGCCCAGACCGACAGGCUCCAGAAGGAGAUCGACAUGUUGAAGGAACAGCUGCAGCUCACCAGGUCUCAGCUAGAGUCUGCCCAGCACGCCCAUGCAGUCCGGUUCUCUAAGGAAUAUGAAAUGCAGAAAAUGAAGGAAGCCGACUUUCUGAAGUUAUUUGAUAGAUGGAAAGAGGAAGAAAAGGAGAAGCUACUGGAUGAAAUGGAAAAGGUUAAGGAGAUGUUCAUGAAAGAGUUUAAAGACUUAACUUCUAAGAACUCAGCGUUAGAAUACCAAUUGUUAGAAAUACAGAAGUCCAAUAUGCAGAUCAAGUCCAACAUAGGCACCUUAAGAGAUGUUAAUGAGUUUAAAGAAGACCAUCUCCCGCAUCCCCAGGAUUUCCAAAACAUGCUGCAGCUCCUUGACAGCCAGGCAAACAAGUGGUCAGAUCGAUUUCAGGUUCUCAACGAGGAACACAGCAAGGAGAAGGGACAGCUCCUGUCAAAUAUCGAGAAGCUUCGAACCUCAAUGAUGGAUGACCUAAGUGCAGAUAAUGUUUUCUACAAGAGGCGUAUAGAAGAGCUAGGCCAGAAAGUGCAGGAGCAGAAUGAGCUGAUCCUCAGCCAGAGGCAGCAGAUUAGAGAAUUUACCAGUAAACCAUACAUCAGUGUUGGUGAGCUGAAAGGGAACCCUCUAGCCUGGCAAGCACUGGACCCCAGCCGCCCUACUGCACCCAGUAAGUGUCUGGUGAGUGCCUCAGCCACACAGACUCUGGAUGGCCCACCCAGCCUGACCAUGGUACAUGGAACAGAGCAGGUGUUCUCGUCCCACGUCCUGGAACCAAUAGAAGAACUUUCUUCAGAGGAAGAAAAAGGACGAGAAAGCGAACAGAAAUUAAAUAAGAAGACAUAUUUAAGGAAGACUUUGAAGAGCAGUUCCUCCUCUAAGGGGCUGAGGACGAACUUGGAGAAGGAGCUGGGAAGGAAACUGAGGAGCUUCGGGAUUAACGCAGACAUACACGGUAUUCCAUGCGAAGUCUUGAAUAGCUCACUUAAAGCCAUGCAAUUAGCCAGACAUGAUCUAGCAAAACAAAUGCCUGACAUUCAGCAAAUCCGAGAAUCCCUUGAACAUCAGCUCAUCUGCAAAAUCGAGGAGAAAGUGUCAUUGUCUUCGGAUGGGCACCUUAUCCCUCCCAUGACCACCUUUCCAGCUGAAGAAGUACCCAAAGCCACCCAACUUCCCCCGCAAAGCAGACCAUUGGUCAGACAGAGGACUGUGUUUACUGAGAAGGUGGCUGUCCCAAAAUUUAAGAAAAAUACCAAAGAAAAUCAUUUUCUCAGAAAGUUUUCAUCUACCAAGACGCCUCCCUUCAGCUCAGAGGAGGAGCUUGAUGACGAGGACUUCAUCCAGACAUACGCAUCUCCAGACUUAUUUACCCUACAGCCAUCUAAAAAUAUCAUGGGUAACUUUGGAAAGAGCUCUGUCAAAAGUGACCCAGACUGGACAGGGGGAAGUGAGAUGGAGGACUCAGAUGUCUCCCCAAGGCCCACAGGAACCUCCAUUCAGAUCCAAACUGACAAUGUUGAGAACAUGGUUUUACAGCAAGGAAGUGGGGAUAAACCAGUUACUGGGAUAAACAUUGUUGAGACGUUCAUCAAAAAGGAAGAACUGCAAGAAUUAAAGUGUGCAGAUGUAGAUGCAGAUGACUGGGACAUAUCAUCCUUAGAGGAAGAUAAAUCUUUGGAGAAAAAGAUAGAGCAGAGGGAACCUCCACCUGUGAAGAGAGAUCUAAAUUCCAGUCACGUGCCAAGGGCCUGGGGCCCAGUGAACCCUCGGGAAUUCAAGGAAGAAGGACUUCAAGAAAACGAAUCGAGCACACUGAAAAGCAGCUUGGUAACGGUGACUGACUGGAGUGAUGAUUUGGAUGUGUAACUGCAAUUCCACGUAAGAGGACUGUUCCAGGCAGCAACCUCUCGGGUUCUAACGCCCUCUAGUGUUUCCCACCUAACAAGGACGCCCAUUCAGAGCAAGGGUGUCUUUUAACAACUUGGAACACAGUACUGAAAACUGUCAGCUGCCCACUGUGUAGAGACAAGAUGUCCUUUCAGUCAUAAAAAGUGUUUUCUUCAGAAUGGUACUCUAGUGUUAAAUGUAUUUUUUCAACUAACUUGUCUUUUUUUUUUUUUUUUUUUGACUGAUAGUAGGCUUUGGUUUGAAUUAUUGUAGCUUUUUAAAAUACAUAUGUACUGUUACAUUGGUAGUUUUUAUGUUAUAAAAUUCUGUUAAGUCUCUUCAAAACUGAAUUAGUAACGUCAGUGGCUUCAGUUGUUUUCCGUCUAGAAGUAAGUCUAGAACGGUGACAGAUAGCUAGGCCACGGUAAAUGCAUUCUCCUGAAUGAACUUUGCCCCUCUGAGCUUUGAGGCCCUCUUAGCAUGUUGUUACUGACGAGUUAUUUUCUGCAGUGCAGUCUUUAUCUUGGAUAUUUUAUGAAUAAUGUGCAACUGUUCUAAAUGCCAAGAGAUUUUUAUGAGAUGAUCAUUAGAAAAAGAUGAGCCAUUCCUGAGUCACAUUUGUGAGGUUCCUCUGUUUUUCAGUACUCAGCCCAUUAUAAAAUACCUCAGAACUAAUUUAUAUUCUUGAUCAAUGAUCUUGGCAAUGAUCAGAAAAUUUAUAUAUAAACUGUUGGUUUUUCGUUUCUUUUUACAUUUUUUUUUCCUUUUUUUAGAAAGUAGUUUUUAUACUUUGUGGUACUAUUCGGACUCUAUCUCAAAAAAGGAAAAGGUAACAUUUUAAUAGCUUGUGAUUUGGGGUCUCCUGUCAACGGUCAGCAAUGCCAGUAAAGCCCUCCAUUACACCCUG